AUGCAUCCUUCUCGCCCUAGCGCUGCGGAUACACCGUUGUUGAGAGUGUCGAGACCUGUUUCUGCUUGCUCAAGGUGUCGCGCGGCAAAAAUAAAGUGCGAUGGUAAAUUGCCCGCCUGCACUGCUUGCGAGAAGUCGGGAAGGGCGGGCGAAUGUUCAAGUGCCAACGAUCAAUUUGCGAAAGGGAAAGAGAGGAGUUAUGUUGCUUCUCUAGAAUCUCGCAUUGAAAAGCUUGAGCGGAAAAUUUCAUAUGCUAGGUCUCGAAAGGCCUCAGUAGCAAUGCACGAUGUGGAUGAGCCAACUCAGGUACCGGAUCGAAAAGACUCACUUGCAACCAUUCGUGCCGCUAUCCAUGGGAAGGCGGCCAGACGGCGCGAAGCCGCGGAUGUCAAUGAGCUCGUGUCGGAUUUUGGAUUUCUUUCAGUUAAUGCCACCACUCGGGAUUUUGAACCGAGUACCACAAACAUGACAUUCGCCCGUCUUAUCCUCGCGGCGUCGAACAACGAGACGGUGCCCAAGCCAACCCCCUUUGAACUCCCACAAAGAGCCGAGGCAAUGGCACUGAUCCAGUACUAUCUGGACAACGUUUUCGUCCUAUUUCCUGCCUUCCCUGAAACUGCACUCUUUAAUGCCGUUGAUGCCGUUUAUCAAGUGAAUGGCCGUCCUGUCACAGAGUUCGAAUAUUGGCUUCUAUAUAUGGUUCUUGCCAUUGCCUCGACAGCUCAAUCUCGAAGUAGUAGAGAUGCAUACUCUGCGGAUGGUCUUGCAUGGGUUGGGCGUGCUCUACGGUAUGCGGAUAAGGUUCUCAUGCCAGGAUAUGUAUCACAGAUCCAGGCCUUGGUUCUGCUUGUUCAAUACUCCAUGCUGGACCCCGCCCAUUUUGACAGCUGGCAAUUGAUCGGGUUCGCAUGUCGUGCCAUUAUAGACCUAGGAUUCCAUCAAGAUCCCCCAAAAGAACAACAACCAGACAAGAAUAGUUUGGAGAUGCGUCGUAAACUUUUUUACUGCGUAUAUUCGUUAGAUAGAUCUAUCAGCAUGGUUCACGCCAGAGCCUUCUCAUUCACUGAUGACUCGACAAGCGUGGCCUAUCCGUCCCCCACAACUUCAACAACCUCAUCCGAAGCGACAGGAAAUUCUCUAGCAAGACCGCAUUCUUUGGAAAUUGCUUUGCUUCUGUUCCAGCUACGAUACGCACAAUCAUCAUGGUAUCAGGAACUAUUUCAGUCUAGUCGAGAUCCUCUGCAACAUGCAUCAACCUAUAUCUGGCAAAUGUGCCAGGAGAUGCAUGAAUGGGCCGAAUCACUCCCGGAAACAUUACCUCUUGCAUUCAAGAAUUUCUUCGACCUUGAGCUCCUAUACAGCUAUGUCUACUGCCUUGCACCAUCCUGCCGUGUGCAGUCCGUAUCAAAUUAUGGGAAGACUCUGAUUUUCGAAUAUAGCAUUGCAUACAUAGAGAAGAUAUUCCCAAUCAGCAGAGGCCCCAUUAAUACUGCAUUUUACACCUACCAUGAUGCACUUCGAGUAUACUUUAUUGGCAGCCAAUUCUUAGCGGUUCUCGCGGAGAAUCAAGAUCAACUCCUAAAUGGCAUCAUUUCAUAUGCCCCAGUCGUUCCCGGAUCCCCACCACCUCCGCCAUUGCCAAGCAACGCAGGAGGUGAUAAUGUCGAUAGGAGUAUCAACUGUAUUGCUCAUAUCAAGGAAACUCUGAGGACGUUUGGCCUUCGCUGGGAUGAUGCCCAAGCUCUCCAGUCAAGUUUCGAGACUCAGGCGGGAUCCUUACUUGGUAUCUUGCAUCGAAGAAAGCAGCACGUGGAUGACAUAUCUAGAAAUAGCCACGGCGCUUCAAGUUUCGUCCAACAGCCAGUUUAUGACCCGAUGGGUAAUGUGGUCCCUGAUGACUGGUCGGACAUGGGUUCCAUUUUUGUGAAUGCAAAUAUUUUGCAAGGAGGACUUGGAGAGUCAACGCAUGGUCUGCAGUAG